AUGGCCGGAAUUCUUUCGAUAUCGUCGCGAAAUCUGCCCCGAGCAGCGCUCCGUUUUGGGCUGCGCUCGCUAGAAGGACACACAGGACCUCAGCAGGCCACUGUAGCUGGUUCCCGAGCCCACCACCAGGGGCGUAGAUUGUUGCCGAGCAUCGUCCGGUCAGCGGUCACCGACAGUGGCCGUCGUAGCGAAUCCGUUGGAAACUCUAUCAAGGCGCAGGGAUGGGCUGUGAACGAGCGCACCAUCUUCACCUCGGCCCGUAUGCUCUCGUCGGAGAUCAUCAAGGUACCGCCGUUUGCCGAUUCAGUGUCGGAAGGUGAUGUGAAGUUUGAAAAGAAAGUCGGCGAUGCGGUGGCCGCCGACGAAGUGGUCAUGGAGAUCGAAACCGACAAGACGACGGUCGGUGUGCCGGCUCCCGGACAUGGCGUUAUCGAGGAGAUCUAUGUUGCGGACGGCGAUACGGUGAAGGCCGGUCAACAGCUGUUCAAGAUGAAGAUUACCGGUGAAGCACCAAAGGGCGCUGCCAAACCAGCCGAUGCUCCGGCACCGGCAGCAGCGGCCCCACCUCCACCACCGCCGCCGCCACCUCCAGUAGCAGCAGCCGCACCACCCCCACCACCUCCCCCACCAGCGGCUGGAGCACCCCCGCCACCACCACCACCGAAACCGGCGGCUCCUAUUAGCCGAAUGCCCGUCGCUGCCAUCCGCCAUGCGCAGGCCAUCGAAGCGGCCACCGUGAAGGUACCGCCGGCAGACUACACCAAGGAGAUCACCGGAACGCGUACGGAGCAACGCGUGAAGAUGACGCGCAUGCGGUUGAAGAUUGCCUCGCGCCUGAAGGAGGCUCAGAACACGAACGCAAUGCUGACGACGUUCAACGAAAUCGACAUGAGCUUCAUCAUGGAUUUCCGUAAGCAACAUUUGGAAGCAUUCGUAAAGAAGUACGGCAUGAAGCUGGGAUUCAUGUCUGCCUUCUGCAAAGCAGCUGCCUAUGCCCUGCAGGAUCAACCCGUCGUAAACGCUGUCAUUGAAGAAAACGAAAUUAUCUAUCGCGAUUACGUAGACAUUUCGGUAGCGGUAGCCUCGCCAAAGGGUCUGGUGGUGCCCGUGUUAAGAAAUGUGGAAGGCAUGAACUACGCCGAUAUUGAGCUGGCGAUCGCCGGUCUUGCGGAUAAGGCGAAAAAGGGAACGCUCGCGGUGGAGGAUAUGGAUGGUGGUACCUUCACCAUCUCGAACGGUGGCGUGUUUGGUUCCCUGUUGGGAACUCCAAUCAUCAAUCCUCCGCAGAGCGCCAUUCUUGGUAUGCAUGGCAUCUUCGAGCGACCAAUUGCCGUAAAGGGACAGGUGGUUAUCCGACCCAUGAUGUACGUAGCCCUGACUUAUGACCAUCGAUUGAUUGAUGGCCGUGAGGCCGUCACCUUCCUGCGCAAGGUAAAGGCCGCAGUCGAGGAUCCUCGCAUUGUGCUGGCCGGUCUGUAA